UUUCUGAGAACGGCUAUGUAUGUAACUCUGUUUUCUGUUUCUUAUUCUUUGAAACGUGUUCGCUGUUUUAGACCUGGCUUCCGGUGUGAGUGUUGUUUUCGCGUUCCUUUGGUAUUCCGAGUAGUUCUCGAAUCACUUGAUAUGAAACCACCCACUGUCACAGAAGAAGUGACUGAGACCACUUUAAAACCGAUGAUGGCCAAACCGAAGUGGAUUCUCACAUUUCUUUGUGUCACCGUGCAGCAGCUGGUGAAGGCCUUACCUGCUCUACACUCUGCCCUUGAGGUCCAGGUGAGGCAGAACAUCUCAUUGGUCUGCAAUCUGUCGUCCAGCAGCACCGAGAUCACGUGGUACCGGCUGCAGUUGGACCAGCUGCUCCCCGUAGUGACGAAAACACGAGGUAAGAUGGGCGAUGUCACCACCAUCAACCACGGUGAGGAUGAAGGUCGCUUCAGUAUCAGCACCGACUCUGGAUUCGUGAGUCUGGAGAUCCUGCAGGUGCAGGAGGUCGAUGCCGGUCUGUACUUCUGCUCGGGUCCAUGUGAAGGCAUCACGUGCUUUAAAAGAGGAAUCCAUCUGACUGUCGGAGACGUGUGGGUGGAGCCUGACAAGAACCAGAGUAACCACACCUGUUUGACUUUGUGGAUCUGUGUUCUUGCAGUUGUGGUCCUGAUGGGGUUCCUCGGAUUCUUCCUCUGCUCAGGUAAACCGUUUGUCUGCUGCUACCGACCUGUGGGAGGUGACUCCUGGUCAAAGGUCACAGAGAACGCAGCUUUGCAGUAUUCCAGUGUGAAAUGCACAGAAAAGCCCCGCCCCUCUGUGCAGUGUGCUCCGAGAUUGGCUGAAGAUGUUCCAGAUCGGGUUAUAUAUUCAUCAGUGGCCAGUAACAGAAACCAAAUGGAUCACAUGUCCAAUACAGAGAAAAAAAUUAUAAAAUAAAACAGAUGAAUCAUUAAAUACAGACAUUGAAUGCUAAAAAAAAUUAGGGUUUUAUGUUGCAAAAUCACUAUUUUGUGACCGUGUAGCACCAGCUGGCAAAAACAUAUUGGCGGUGCUACAUAGCUAUUUUGGUUACGGUUCUCUGAUGAUAAGUUAACAUUACUUUCAGUAUUUUUAUUAAUCCAUGGUGCUUUAUAACUGACUGAACAGUGUAUUGAUGUGUUUCUGGAACAGUUUUCACGCUGACAGACCACAAUUACUUAAAAUCAAUAGCAACUUGCCUUGCUAGUUAGCAUUAAAGUGUCUUAAAAUCUGGUAUGUUUUGUCAGGCUUGUCAGGAUUACGCAACUAGGAUAUCUGAUGCUCGCUACCUUCAUUGUGGACACUGUUUAAAUUUUCCCCUUAAAGGUUAACUGUAGGAGUUUUUUGGUUAAAGUUAACCGAACACAAGCUAAUAAUUUGGCUCAUAAGCAAAUCCAAACAAAUCUGCUGGUAACUUUGAAGUUUAUUUCAAAAUACAUCCAUAAAAAAAAACCAAAAAAACAAAAAA